AGACGGAAAUUGUGCAAGUUAUGGAAGUGACGGUGUCCUCUCCCCCAAGAUUGCACAAGAACAAAAUACUUGGAUGCAUGUGCUAUUGCAGAAAUGCCCCCUGUUUGCUGUGGAUGAUGAACAGAAAGCUCCACCUAUAUUUUCUCAAGCACUUCCUCUAAUGUUCUAACCACGUUUGUUGUGAAAUGCCACAUACUUAAUCGGUUCUCCUUCAGAAAGUUCCACUGACACAUUCCUCCUCAAGCGUUGCACCUUACAAAGCUGUUAAAAGGAGUUGCUGCUCAAAUAUUUACUCAUCCUCUGACGCUGUGAAAAAUACUUUGGCCAUAGCAGCAAUCGGCCUACUCACACUCUCUGGGCUAAUGCCUUAGGCUUCUUUGGAAACAAGAGUUUUAUUCGAGGAAUCUUCCAUGCGCAGAACAGAGCAUUUGAGAGGCAGCUGGAACAGAAAAGGCAUGCCUGGUAUGUGAGACAGAGGAGCUUAAAUCCAAACAUCUUCUUUUCUUUAGGAAUUGUUUAGAGCAAAAUUCAGCAGUGGUAUCUAGCGUGCUGGAGCUAGACUUCAGAGUUGUUCUGGAGUGCCGCUGGUAAAUGGUUCCACACAAAUAGGGUGGGAGACUCAGAGCUGAUUAAGACUGAACCUUCCAUUUGAAAUCAAAGUAAGGAAACGAAAACAAAACCGAGAGAGCUGGGGAUAUUCACCCAGUGCUCCUUUUAGCAACAGCAGCUUGUGCAAAACAGAAAAAGGGAUAUCCUAACUGGUGUGAACUAGACAGGCACUGAAAUAAAGGAAAGAACCAUCAACUCCAUAACACAUCCAGAAGCUUAUGUGCAUCUUGUAAUUCAUCUCUCUGGGAAGGAGCCUCUGCCCCUCCUUGUGAGAUGAUGGACAACAGCCCUGAGGAUGAAAAGGAAACUGUUGCAGAUGCUGAGAACCGGUCCAUUUCUGAUAUACCUGCUCACAUGUCCUGUGAAGAAUAUGAGGGACUCCCUCCAUAUCUAAGAGAGGGAAAUGUCCUCUUUGCUUCUGAGCAAGAUGUUAAAGAAGCCUUCCUACAGUACGCAGCCAGUAAGCGUUGCUAUAGCACUGCCCCUGCAAAGCAAAUGAAAGUCCAGAAUCUCACUCCUCUCAACAUAUACAGAUAUCGUCUGGAAACUUUCACUGAAAUGAGAGACACCCACGUGGCCAGUGAGCUUUAUGAUGGUGGAUUUGUAGACUCCUUUGCUGUUGGAAUACCACCUCUCCCAUGGGAUAUAACAGUGGAUGAACCUCCUUUGUUUACGGACUGUGAAAUGCAUAUUCCAGUGCCCCAUUCCUACUCAGUAGAGGACUGUCCAAACUGCAAAAGACGUGGUGAAACUAUGUGUCAGCCUUGUAAAGGAACUGGCAAGAAAAAGUGUUCGGCUUGUGGUGGGACUGGUUCACAGGAGGACAGCAAUAUCUGCUCAUGGUGCGCAGGUUCAGGAAAGAAUCGUUGCUUCAAUUGCCGUGGCAAUGGCUGGCUGAAGUGUUACCGUUGCAAUGGGAGCGGUGUCUUGCUAUUUCAUACCGAACUUACGAUAACUUGGAAGAACAAUGUUUUAGAACAUGUAGCAGACAAGAAUUCUGGCUUCCCAGUUCACCAUUUGCAAGAAGUGACUGGGAAAGAAAUCGUUAGUGAUGAAGGUUCCUUGGUAUUUCCCAUAGUUGAUUUCCCAGAGCCAUUAGUUGAGGACUAUUCCCGAGCAUUCAUUGCACAACACAAUAUGCAGUUUACCUCAGAAGGAUUGCACAGAGUCCUGAGGCAGAAACAAACAGUUGAGUUGGUGCCACUCACAAAGGUUGACUAUGAAUGGAAAGAGAGAGUCUAUUCCUUCUACAUCUUUGGCAAUGAGAAUAAAGUAUAUACCAAAGACUAUCCAGCAAAGUGCUGCUGCUCCAUCAUGUGACAUGAGGACAGUUUUGGCGGCAUUCAGCAACACAGCUGCUCCCUGUUAUUUGUUCUUCACAGCAACUUGCAGAUUUUUAUUUUAUUUUAUUUGCUGAAGGACAUUUUCUGUAUGAUAUUUAGGGAUUCAGCCAUAGUUCAGCACGGUCAAAGUUGAUUGUGGGUGCUAUACACCGGACAUUUGUCUCUAAUACAUGACUGCAUUGGCUGUGCCUUUCAAUUAGGGAGAUGAAGGAAACUAUUUGUUCUAAUGUACGAAAGAGGAUUCAAUGCAUUUGCUUUCUUGUGGUUGUGCAU